GAAAACACUUGCGUGACGACCAAGACGUUCGGGUUAUUGCGUUUCUCUCGGAGUCGCUCCCGAACCGCAGCUGAACACGGCUACAGAGAAAUAAGACAUCGAGGCGGCAGGUGCGACGCUGCUACUGAACUGAACGCAUCAUGGUCGGCCAGGCGACGACAUUGUGCUUUCUUCUGCUCGUUGCAGGAUGGGUAACGGCCGUCAUGAGCGAGGAAGCCCACCAGAAUAAAGGUCCUCCUGACCUUGCUUGUGUGCGGGGAAAGGUUUCCAUCUGCAAAAAGAGGUGCAGGGAAAACCACCCUGAACGCACGGGCUACUGCAAGAACCACCACAGCUGCGUGUGCAUAACAGCCCCGCCCGGCCACAGUUCAUGAUGGGCUGAAGGUACUCGACUAUACGUGCCAAAAGGGCGUCUUUCAAUAAAAUAAGGCCCUCUCUAG